AUGAACUCUCAGAAUGACGGAAAACAUGGAGCACGUCCAACUGACGAUGAGCACAACAUUCUCGACACUGCUGAUGAAACUACGGAUGAAGAAAGAGGUCAUGUUGAUGUACUGAGUCAGGAAGUCAAAAAGCUGUCGGUUAAUGACCCCCGGGUUUCUGUCAACAGAAAUGCAGCUUUUACUGAUAGUAGCAGCGAGAACACCGUUCCUCAAAUUCAAAGGCCUUCUGUCACUGAUACUACUGCCAUACAUGACUCAAAAAGAUUAACAAAAGAGGAGCGAUAUAUAUUACAGGUUGAAACAGAUUCUAGAUCUAUCUUCGUGGGCAAUAUUACAUCGGACGCCACUCCUGAAAUAAUCGAGGAACACUUCCAUACUUGCGGCACACCCAAAAGGAUAACAUUGCUUUAUGACAAAAACACUGGGGUACCUAAGGGAUAUGCCUACGUCGAGUUCGAAGAUCAGCUUUCUCGGGAGAGGGCUUUAGUUUAUAAUGGCUCAGAGAUGAAAGGAAGAACUCUCAAUGUUUACAAAAAGAGAACAAACUUACCUGCUUACCAAAGAAGUUUUCCAAAUUAUAAAUCCAAAUUCUACUCUCAGCAACAAUGGAACCUACCCUACAAUGGGGGCUUCCAACAAUUGCAAGAUAUCCCUUACUAUCAUAUGCCAUAUCAGUUUUCCCCGUACAAUCAGGGCUCAGAAGCAAGGCAUCGUAAUCGCAAAGUAAAUUACAAGGGCAACAGAAAAGCAAACACAUAUAAUAAGGUUGAUGGAAACCAUAACAAUGGAGGUAAUCAGGAAGCUGUACCGCUGGUGCAACAUACGUUAUCUAAUCGUUCUGAAAAUGUUGAGAAACAAAGUGAGGAAAUAGUGUCAAAUCAUUGA